CCUGGCUAGUCAGCUUAAAUGUUAGCGGCCAUCUCUCCUGUGCAGGGUCGCUAAUUCACAAUCAGUGGGUGAUGACAGCUGCUCACUGCCUAACAAGAGAUGACCUCAGAACAGCAGAAGUUGUUCUGGGCCGCAACAGCCUGUGGGGUCCAAACUUGAAUGAGGUGUCACGGCGACUUGACAAAAUCGAAUGCCAUCCGUCUUAUGACUUCCUGACCAACGAGAACGACAUAUGUCUUCUGAAGCUGUCGGCCCCUGUGAAUUUUACAGAGUACAUACAACCGGUGUGCUUAGCCUCGGCAAACAGCACUUUCCACACCGGGGUUAGCAGCUGGAUCGCUGGUUUUGGUGCUACUGAUCCUGAUUCAUCCACCCUGUCCGACAUCCUGCAAGAGGUGAAUGUCCCAAUAGUGGGGAACAAUGAGUGCAGAUGCACCUUUCCCUACCUCACAGACAACAUGAUCUGCGCCGGGUUCAGAGCUGGAGGGAGGGAUGCAUGUCAGGGAGACUCUGGGGCGCCACUGGUAACCAAAAAGGGUUUUACAUGGGUCCAGAGUGGAGUUGUAAGUUUUGGUGAUGGCUGCGCCAGACCUUUAUCUCCUGGAGUUUACACUCGUGUGUCAGAGUACCAGGGCUGGAUCAGCGGCAUCACUGGCAGCGACGAACCCGGCUUUGUCACCUACACGUCCUCAGGAUUUGACAAUGACUUAUACUUUGACUGUUCAACACUAUACGCUACGACCACCAGAUACCCCACUUACACACCACUCACUAACAAAACAACGCGCACUACCACAGCUACUACUUCACUGCCAUAUUCCUUUAACACCACUUGCAAGGACUGUAAUGAUAAGGGAGGUGACAGUGUAUUUGACAGUGGUGAGAACAUAAUUCACUUCUCCCACUUCACUCACUUCGCCUCACUCUGUCUUCUGCUUAUUUCGCUCUUUGUGCUGAUUGGUGACGUAUAACGUG